UAGAUGAAAGUGAAGUCAGGAGCCUUACGUUGAACCGCCAGUUAGAAUGUCUGCAGUACCGAGGCUAAGCUGGAUAUUGUGCUGCUUGGCCAUUGUGUGUGGACCACAGCGCACUACGCAGCACUCACUGCCCACGGAUCCCACGUACAAUGCUGGCGUGGUCGAGUUCAUACCGGGUCAGGGCAAAGGUAGGUCCAAAGUGAAUGAAGCUUUGCCACGUAUGAAAGCCAUUAUUGAAUCGGAGGCUACAAGCAAUUUAGAUAUACUCAUCUUUCCCGAGUUCGUGCUGAAUGAAUACACCUUCCGCACAUAUGUGCCGGAUCCCGCUUUGCGAAUUUCACCUUGUGAGGUGCCGAACUACGAUUGGUUUCUCACCGAAUUGUCCUGCGCUGCGCGUUCGCGUCAACUUUAUGUUGUUGUAAACUUAAUGGAGAAGGUAUUUUGUGCAAACGACACAACAAUUGUGGGCCGCUGUGAUGCGAGUGGUCUGAAUACGUACAAUACGAAUGUGGUGUUCGAUCGACAGGGUCAUGUAAUAUCGCGUUAUCGCAAAUCACAUCUCUAUCGCUAUGAGUGGUAUAAUGUAAAUGUGUUGCCGAAACCGGAGCUCGCCACCUUCACAACCGACUUUGGCGUGACUUUCGGCCAUUUUAUAUGCUUCGAUAUGCUCUACUGGGAACCGGCUAAGGUGCUAUUGCAUGAACGUGGUAUUACCGACAUAAUCUAUCCAACCUAUUGGUUCAGCGAGCUGCCUUUCCUCACCGCCGUGCAGCUGCAAGAAGGUUGGGCUUUCGCCAACGAUGUUAACUUGCUGGCUGCGGACGCUAGCAAACCGAGCGGUCAAAAUGGCGGUUCUGGCAUUUAUGCUGGACAACUGGGUCGUCUCAAUGCUACAAUUACCGAAGUGCCCACAACACAAUUGCUCACUGCUGCAGUGCCAAAGCGCGCCUUUCGUCAAAGCUAUCAACCACCACCGGUAAUACAACCUGCAUUUGUGCCGCAAGUCGUUACACCACGUCUCACCGAAUUCGAUCUCUUACGUGACUACAAUAUCGAUAUCGCCACAACACGUCUUUUGCCAGCAAACUUUACGUACGUCAACGAAACCGUAUGCUAUGACAGUAACUUCUGUUGUCAUUUCCAGGCUGCACGUACACCUGUCGCCAACUCAGCUGGUUACGUGUCGUACCGUUAUCGUCUUGCUGCAUUCAGCGGCCAACAUGCCACACAUCAACGCGUUGACCCGGCUGAAUUGCAGUUUUGUGCUGUGUUUGCCUGCACGAAUGAGGCGCUCUACACUUGUGGCUUGAUCUUUCCGGCAGAGAUCACAGUUGGUAAUCAAUAUUAUUUCAGCGCUUUAAAUGUGAGUGCCUCCUUCCCCCAACGGCCACGUCGGCUUAUCAUGCCGACUACUGUGGAUGGCAGCCUAAUGCCGUUGCCUGUGCAUACGUAUGAUUGGCAGUCGAGCGAGAGCAAUGUUACCACUACGGUCUCCUUGAGUCUGUCUUAUCCGAAACACGAUAUACUCACCUUUGGUCUCUGGUGCAAUUACUAUACGGACAUGGUGAGCUCGCACAAUUUCGAUCCGUUGCUGCCUCCCGCAGAAGGCAUGAACUCAGGUGCUUCGAAACUGGCAAGCGCGUGGAUUUUAAUUACCUCUCUGUUGUUAACAGCCUUGAGACAGCUCUAGCUUAAAGUAUUUUAAAUAAAAUAUUAUUUUAUUAUAGUUAAAAAGAUUUUAAGACUUUUAGUUCGGCUGUUAUAUGCAUGCAAAUAAGCCCAGCCCACUUUAUGAUAAAAUAAAUAUGCUCGCAUUGCGAUAAAGAGAUUAUCAUGCGUAUAUAUCGCGCGCGGUUCAUAAUAUCUUUUAUUAUCUGAAAAUAUUUACUCACUGAUUCGAUUCAGAAAUUUAUUAUCAGACAAAUUAAAUAUUCGCAAGAAAUAAA